AUGGCAAACUCACCAACGCCGACGACCAUGGUUCUAGCGGUCAUGACUGUCGGCCUGACGACACUCCUCAUCGCCGCCGGCCCUGCGGCCGCGCAGAAUUGCGGCUGCCAGCCAGACGUCUGCUGCAGCAAGUACGGAUACUGCGGCACCACCAGCGCCUACUGCGGUGAGGGGUGCAGGUCGGGCCCGUGCCAGGGGUCGUCGGGCGGCGGCGGCGGCGCCCCGAGUGGCGGUGCGUCCGUGGCGAGCGUCGUCACCAGCUCGUUCUUCAACGGCAUCAAGUCUCACGCCGGGAGAUGGUGCGAGGGCUUAGGCUUCUACACGCUAGGCGCCUUCCUGGAGGCUGCCGGCGCGUACCCGGGGUUCGCGCGUGAGGGCUCGGAGGCCGACGGCAAGCGUGAGAUCGCCGCCUUCUUCGCGCACGUCACGCACGAGACCGGACAUAUGUGCUACAUCAACGAGGUUCGGCCGACCUCGAACUACUGCGUCCAGGGUGACGUGCAGUGGCCGUGCUACCCAGGGCAGGGGUACUUCGGCCGGGGGCCGCUGCAGCUGUCGUGGAACUUCAACUACGGGGCGGCGGGGAGGAGCAUCGGCUUCGACGGGCUGAAGGACCCGGACACGGUGGCGCAGGACCCCGUGGUGUCGUUCAAGUCGGCGCUCUGGUUCUGGAUGACCAACAUGCAGCGGCUGAUGCCCCAGGGGUUCGGUGCCACCAUCAGGCCCAUCAACGGCGCCAACGAGUGCCAUGGCGGGAAGAACACCGCCGAAAUGACAGCGCGGGUGCGCUUCUACGUGCAGUACUGCAACCAGUUCGGCGUCGACCCGGGGAACAACCUCUAUUGCUAGGUGUUGGCUCGUCCAUGCAUGGUCCGAGUCGACUAGGUUUCCAUUAAUCAUAA